AUGAACGCACAUUCCACUUCCAUAAUCUCAAUGGCUUCUUCAUCUCAAUCUCUCCGCACCUCAACCUCUCUCCCUUUCUCCUCCCUCAUCCUCCCCCGCUCCUCCUCCAUUCGCCGCCGUCCAUCAUCCUUCAAAAUCCAAGCCAAGAUCCGCGAAAUCUUCAUGCCGGCACUCAGUUCCACUAUGACCGAGGGUAAAAUCGUCUCGUGGAUCAAAUCCGAAGGCGACACUCUCUCCAAAGGUGAUAGUGUUGUUGUUGUUGAAUCAGAUAAAGCUGAUAUGGAUGUCGAAACUUUCUAUGAUGGAAUUCUUGCUGCUAUUGUUGUAUCCGAAGGCGAAACUGCUCCGGUUGGUGCUCCGAUUGGUUUGCUCGCUGAAACUGCUGAGGAUAUCGCUGAAGCUCAAGCUAAGGCGAAAUCCGUCAAAUCCGGUUCUGGUUCUUCUUUCUCUCCUCCAUCUGAAAUAUCGGACACUCCUCCGGUGACUUCUUCUCAGUCUCCUUCUCCUCCUCCGCCGCCACCGGUUAAGGCUGUUUCUGAUGGUCCGAAGAAAAUUACUGCCACACCUCAGGCGAAGAAGCUUGCCAAACAGCAUAAAAUUGACAUUGCUUCAGUAAACGGGACUGGUCCGUUUGGUAGGAUUACUCCGGCUGAUGUGGAGGCUGCUGCGGGGAUUGUGCCGUCGAAGAGUAAUGCACCUUCUGUGGUAGCUUCUGCUCCGGUGGUGUCGGAGAAGCCGAAAGCUGGUUCUUCUUCUGCUGCACCGGCUGCUUUACCGGGUUCGAGUAAUGUUGCUUUUACAACUAUGCAAUCUGCUGUAGCUAAGAAUAUGGUGGAGAGUUUAUCUGUGCCUACGUUCCGUGUUGGAUAUCCGGUUACCACAGAUGCUCUUGAUGCAUUAUAUGAGAAGGUGAAACCUAAGGGUGUUACUAUGACUGCUAUAUUGGCCAAGGCUGCUGCCAUGGCACUUGUUCAACAUCCAGUUGUCAAUGCUACCUGCAAAGACGGCAAGAACUUUCAUUAUAACAGUAACAUUAAUGUUGCUGUUGCCGUGGCAAUCAAUGGUGGUUUGAUAACCCCUGUUCUUCAAGAUGCUGAUAAGUUGGACUUGUAUCUGUUGUCCCAAAAAUGGAAAGAACUAGUUGCAAAGGCUCGUUCAAAGCAAUUGCAACCUCAUGAGUAUAAUUCAGGAACUUUCACGCUUUCCAAUUUGGGUAUGUUCGGAGUUGACAGGUUUGAUGCCAUACUUCCACCAGGCCAGGGGGCUAUCAUGGCUGUCGGAGCAUCAAAGCCUACUGUUCUGGCUGAUGCAGAUGGAUUCUUCAGGGUGAAAAAUAAAAUGCUGGUGAAUGUAACAGCUGAUCACCGAAUAAUUUAUGGGGCUGACCUGGCUGCCUUCCUUCAGACAUUCUCUAAAAUCAUUGAAAACCCAGAAAGCCUAACAUUAUAG